CUUGAUCUAGCAAAUGCUACAGCCUGAACUAGUGAGAAGUGAGAGGAGCUUUUUUGUUUUGUGCCCGGAAGUGGUUCUUCUUUCAAUGCUUGUCACUUGGGAACUGCAACUGAAAAUUUGGUAGUAAAAUUUUGGCAUGCAUGGAAUGGCGAAAUCAAUUCAUUCGGAAUUUGCCGAGGCCAAAGUGGGAAAGCACGUAAGCGCCCACACCCUUUCCCCUCCAACAUUGCACAUUAUGCCUCUAGGGGAAAAGCGUAAGCGAGCAAAUAACCUUGGAAAGUACUCUCAGAAGAAAUUACAUGUAGACCCAUCUCCGACUACAGAGUCAAUCCACACAAUCCCCCUAGAGCACACACAGACUGUUGGGGAUGAUGUACUUCCGGAUUGGCCUGAUGCUAAUGUCAAUUCCAACUCAUAUGAUGGUGCAAACAGUGAUGCAGACAGCGACACAGACCUUGAUGAAACAAUCAACCCAGCAAUAUCCUCAAAGAAUGCAUUUUCCCAGUGCCUACACGAUACUGAGGAACAGCUUGCUCAGUUAGCCAAUAUCCGGGGAAAAAUCCCGGGCAACAAAGUCACAUAUGCUGGGACCACCAUAAACGGUGUACGCUCAGAGCGCAGCCGGACAAGGAUUGACAGGAAGAAACGCACAAUCCUUGAUUUUUUCAACCCUCCUCCAACUUCUGGCAAGGAAUCUGGGCAGGCCGUUCUCUCAGCCCUCCUGAACAACUUGAGCACAAACUCUAGUGGGAGGAACAGUGCUAUAACACAGAUAGAUCUCACCCAAGGAGAGGAGGAAAAAGAGACCUGCAGCUCUGAGGCUGCUGAGAGCAAUGUGUUUGUUGCUGAGAUGGAGAUGCGCGAUAUCUCCCCUGAUGACCAACAGUCAGAGUCCACCUGGAGCCCCACCCACAGCCCAGCAGCCACUCCCUUGAGUGUCCUAAACCAGUUUUCAGUGACCCACAACAAUACCCCGGAAAAAAUUGAUGACGCACUGCCGGAGCCACAUAUUCCACCAGUAUCUCCAGUCAUAGCCCAGGGAAGGCCUCUUGGAACAGAGGAAGAACCCUCAAAGGCUCAUUUUCAUUCACGGCCCUAUGUUCCCCCACCCAAGAAGAAAGAUGCUGCUGAGGCCGUGCACGUGCUUGAUGAAAUCCUGAAGCCGCCCCGGAAAACAGGAAGGGGUUACAAGAGUGUUGAUAUCAACCUCAUGGUGCAAGUGCGAGUCCAGCAGAUGGCUCAGCUCCUUCAUCUGUAUGGUUCUUCAGUCAAUAAUGGAGAUGCUGGCUGGAUUGGGGCAUCACUGACGGUUGCGAAGGUGUGGAAUCGUGGGAAUUCUUAUGCUGCGUGUCUACGGAGCUGGUGCCGGACUUUUCUCCUUGAUAAAUCAUUACCAGAGAACCCAUAUGGCCACUGGGGAUCAUCAGUUCUGGUGACAGAUGAAGAUUUGAAAGCAGAACUGGAAACUCACCUUCAUGGGCUUGGCCCAUAUAUCUCUGCAUCAGACAUUGUGGAGUUCCUCAACACUCCGGAGAUGAAAGAACGCAUGGAAUGUGAAAAACCUAUCUCUCUACGCACUGCACAGAGGUGGCUACACAUAAUGGGAUACCAGUGGCGCAAGGAGAAGAAGGGCCAGUAUUCUGAUGGCCACGAGUGUGAAGAUGUUGUCAACUAUUGGCAGACAGUGUUUCUGCCUGCAAUGGCUGAAUAUGCGAAGUCAACAAGGAAGUGGGACAUGAAUGGGGAAGAGGAACUACCUGAAUCACCACCAGAACAACACACUGUUCUUUGGUUUCAUGAGGAAUCAAUCUUUUAUGCACAUGAUCGCCGCAGGGUUCGCUGGGUACACAACUCGGAGACCCCUAAACCUUAUCCAAAGGGUGAAGGGGCUUCUCUGAUGGUUUCCGAUUUUGUUUCAGCUGACUAUGGGGGGAUGGCUGUGAUGCGUGUGUGA